AUGGGUGAUAGUGUCGAUUGGAAUGAAGAUAACACUGCUCUAGUGUGUGAAUUGUUCGCCGAACAAGUGAAGGCGCACAACCGUUCUGGUACCCACUUAAAUAAAACAGGGUACAAAAAUGUGAUGGACAAAUUCAAAGAAAAGACUGGGUUGUCCUACACCAAAAUGCAGUUCAAGAACAAAUGGGACAAGAUGAGGAUUGAGUACACAAAUUGGAAAAGACUAUCGAAGGAAACUGGUAUUGCCAAGUUUAAAGAUGGGCCUCUGUUGCACGAGGAAGAAAAAGCCAUCAUGUAUGAAGAUAUUAGGAACACAGGAGAUGAUCAUUGGGCUCCGUCAAGUGGUAUUACACCACAAAUUCUGGAGGGUGAAACCACGGAGAACACUGAUGACAAGGAUGGAGACUAUGAGGCCAAUGAUGACAAGGAUGAAGACUAUGAAGAAUGUGAAGAGGUUUCCCCUACAACUGCUAAAGGAAAGUGUCAUGUUUCUGUUGGUCGAAAGGACAAGGGUAAAAAGCCCAAGUCAUUGGGAGGACAUUGGGUGCAAGAUCAAUUGAGCAAACUUGUGACAGCAAGUGAGAAGAGCACAACAUCCAUUGAGUCUUUGGCAAGAAAGGAGGACAAUGGGUGCUCCAUUAGAGAUGUGAUGGCAUUGGCGAAGGAGUGUGGUGCAGUUCUAGGAACAAAAGAACACUUCAUAGCAUCUCAAGUUUUUGUCAAGAGGGCAGAGAGGGAGAUGUUUAUGACUUUGGACACACCGAAAGAACGCUUCAACUGGCUUACAAUGAAACAUGAUUGGGUCACUAGGAUGAGUCACUAGGAUCUGUAAUUUUUUGUAGCACUAUGUCCCAUUUUCA